UUCCUGCACUUUGCUAACGUGUUAGCUGUAAACACAAAGUGUCUUCUGGGAGUCAAUUAACUACCCUUGAACUUUGAGACACAUUCUUGACACUUCAUAACUCACAUGCACACAGCAAUGCGGGCUGUUAAUUGAACGUUUAUGCCUAUUUUACCUCCUCUAAACCCUCUGCAGUCAUGGCUGGGAUUUUGCACAGGACACUAAGACUGAAGACAGCUCUGAGACAUUUGAGCCCCCACAGCACCCUCUCAUCUACAAACACAGCCAGGCCUUCACAUGUACACCUCUGCAGUCCAGUUCUCCUCACCAAUUCACAGCAGUUUGGAGCCUGCUGUCGAAAGCUGCACGCUGGGGCAGAUGAGCAGAAGCAGUCCCCCGCUGCAGCUCCAGAGAGGCUGCCGUUCUCCAGAGUAACUGAAGAAGAUCUGGACUUCUUCAAGAAGCUUCUUCCAUCCAGAACCAUCACCGAUCCAGACCUGCUGGAGUCGACUAAUGUGGACUGGCUAAAAUCAGUGAGAGGUUCCAGUGAAGUGUUGCUGAGACCUCAGACAACAGAGGAAGUUUCUCAAAUUCUCAGGUAUUGUAACAGUCGUAACCUGGCAGUGAACACACAAGGAGGAAACACUGGGCUGGUUGGGGGAAGUGUGCCUGUUUAUGAUGAGAUCAUCCUCUCCACUGCUCUCAUGAACAACAUCAUGAGCUUUGAUAGCAUUUCUGGUAUUCUGACCUGCCAGGCUGGUUGUGUCCUGGAGAACUUGUCUCUCUACCUGGAGGAGAAAGACUACAUCAUGCCGCUGGAUCUUGGGGCAAAAGGUAGUUGCCACAUCGGGGGCAACGUUGCAACUAAUGCAGGUGGACUCCGGUUGUUGCGAUACGGCUCCUUACAUGGGACUGUGCUGGGUCUAGAAGUGGUGUUGGCAGACGGGCGAGUGCUGGAUUGCUUGGCCACGCUGAGGAAAGACAAUACAGGAUAUGACCUGAAACAGCUCUUUAUAGGGUCAGAGGGCACACUGGGGGUCAUUACCGCAGUCUCCGUCCUUUGUCCAAGAAAACCAAAAUCUGUAAAUGUGGUUUUUCUGGGUUGUGAGACCUUUGAGCAGCUGCUGAAGACAUUUCAGCUCUGCAGAGGCAUGCUAGGAGAAAUUCUGUCAGCCUACGAGUUCUUGGACAGUGAAUGUAUGAGGCUGCUGAAUACGCACCUCAAACUUCCCAAUCCCAUCUCUGAUUGUCCGUUCUACGUUGUCAUAGAAACAUCUGGAUCUGACCCCACACAUGACGGAGAAAAGCUUCACAACUUCCUAGAGGAAGCGAUGUCAUCAUCACUGGUUACCGACGGGACUGUGGCAACCGAGGACUCAAAAAUAAAGGCUCUGUGGUCGAUGCGUGAACGGGUCACAGAAGCGCUGACUCAUGAUGGCUUCACCUACAAGUAUGACAUCUCACUUCCUGUGGAGCGGAUCUACCAGCUGGUGACAGAUAUGAGGGAGCAUCUAGGGGAGCGGGCCAAGAGUGUGGUGGGAUACGGACAUGUCGGCGACGGGAACCUCCACUUGAACAUCACCUCUCCUGCCAAAGACCCUGCUCUCCUGGCCGCCAUCGAGCCGUUUGUGUACGAGUGGACAGCCGGCUGUCAGGGUAGCAUCAGUGCCGAGCACGGGCUGGGCCUGAAGAAGAGGAAUUACAUCUACUACAGUAAACCGAGCCAGGCUGUCGCUCUGAUGGGAAACAUCAAGGCCAUGCUGGACCCUAAAGGCAUUCUCAACCCGUACAAGACUUUGCCAGACAACCUGAAAUGAUCCUCAGCGCCACAGGGGGUCUGUCUUCUUGUAGAUACAUUUAGCCAUAUUUUUCAAGGCUGUAGAAGGUAAUGUAUAAUAUAGAGCUCAGGCAGGGGCUCUUUUGUGAGCUCCAGCUUCACUGACAUAUAGUGAUACCCCCUUCAUGUUUGCUGCAUGUUUUGCAUAAGAACCUGCUACAAAUAUCGAGUGAUGUCAGUUUGUUCCAUAUGUUUCCUAAACAAAAAAAAAUCAUGUUAAUUUAUACAAGAUCAGUAACAUGACAUUGAGUUUUUGUCCGUUUCAACUGGUUACUUUAAGCAUCAACUACCUCUGAUACUUGCACUGAGUAGCCUUACUCUGAUCCACUCCUCGUUUCAUAAAAUAUGAAGUACACGCUGUUAAAGUGUAUUAAGACAAAUCACCAUGUUCUUCAGCACUGCUGAGAAGAAGUAGGUGAAUGAUCCUCAUUCUCUGUAAAGUGUUAUGCCUAUCAGUAGCCACUAGGAGGCAGGCGAUGAACAAGAAAGUGACUGAAUCCUUGAGGGCUUUAACAUCUUAAAUAUGCGUAAACACUUGUGGCUACAAUCUGUCUGGUGGACAGCUGUUUCUGUCGGAGACCACAUGUUCUGCAUUUAACUUGCAGCUCAUGUAGUAACAUCUAGCACUGGAAUACAAACAGUGUUGACUCUACUACAUGGAUAACUGAAAUGUAAAAUUUCUAUUGGAAAUGUCCUUAAAUCAUAACACAAGUCGGCUAGUAAUUAGGCAAGAGUGCAGUAAAUGUUUUAUUACAUAUAAAAAAGACAAAGCAACAUUUUUUUCUCAAAACAAAACCAGCAUUUGUGAACAUCUGUAACCGCACACCUAGGCAACUUCAUCAGUUUCAAAUUAAUUUUGAAUAAAACCAAAUGAAGAUGGGA